GAUAAAGUUUUAUUGUCUCGCGGGAGCGCGCCCGGCAGACGGGCUCUCCGGCGGCCCUGGCCGAGGGAGAGGAGUUGCAUGUGUCCCUUCAGCUGGCGGUAGCAGCGGGAGCGGAGGCGGUGGGGGCUGUGCGAUCGCCUGGGUACGACCCCUUGUGCCUUUCCCGCCUCCGAGAAGCUUGUAGAGAGCGUGGGGGAAGCUGAGGUUUGUGAAAUGGCUGCUGACAUUUCUGAAUCCAGUGGAGGUGAUUGCAAAGGAGACCUGAGGAACAGUGCCAAGUUAGAUGCUGAUUAUCCGCUUCGAGUUCUUUAUUGUGGAGUCUGUUCAUUACCAACAGAGUACUGUGAAUAUAUGCCUGAUGUUGCUAAAUGUAGACAAUGGUUAGAGAAGAAUUUUCCAAAUGAGUUUGCAAAACUUACUGUAGAAAAUUCACCCAAACAAGAAGCUGGAAUUAGUGAAGGUCAAGGAACAGCAGGGGAAGAAGAGGAAAAGAAAAAACAAAAGAGAGGUGGAAGGGGUCAAAUAAAACAAAAAAAGAAGACUGUACCACAAAAGGUUACUAUAGCCAAAAUUCCCAGAGCAAAGAAGAAAUAUGUAACAAGAGUUUGUGGUCUUGCAACUUUUGAAAUUGAUCUUAAAGAAGCACAAAGAUUUUUUGCCCAGAAAUUCUCCUGUGGUGCCUCGGUAACAGGGGAGGAUGAAAUCAUCAUUCAGGGAGACUUUACAGAUGACAUCAUUGAUGUCAUUCAGGAAAAAUGGCCAGAGGUGGAUGAUGACAGCAUCGAAGAUCUUGGAGAAGUGAAGAAGUGAUUUUAAAAAUUUGUCUGUAUUCAACGAUCUGAACAGAGAGUUGAUAUGGCCAAAGGGAGAGAGGCCUUUGAAAAUAUAUAUAUAUUUAUCCUACAGUAAAACUGUAGACUGCCCUUGUCCUUGGUAUUUUCACUGUUCUGUAUAAGGCUGCUUGUUUUUUUAUUGCCAAAGUCUAAUAAACAGGGAGGACCGUCAUGCUCAUAUGCAUGAGAUAGAACUUAGUCAAAUAAAAAAUUUUGAUCAUUAGGUACUGACUUUUCUCUUUCUCUUUUUAACUUUUUAUUUUUGGAAAGACACUGUAAACUUUUUGUGGGAAACAUUUCUGUUGAUAAUUUUACUGAUCUAAAGCUGAGUGAUUUUUUAAAACAGAAUUUGAAUUUGGUUUCCUCAACCAUAAUAUGUCUCCUUGCUUCUUUGGUGUGAUAAUAUUGAGGUGGGUGAAAAUCUAAUAGAUUUGUGGUUGAAUUUACUUCAUUAUUACCAACAAAGACCACUUUGUGGGCACAAUAACAUACUGUUGGUGGGAGUCGUUCAAGCUAUUCUGGAAAUUAUUUGGUAAAGUAUAUUAAAAGCCUUAAAACCACGUGCACUAUUAGACCCAGUAAGCCACUUCUUUGACAUUAUGCUAAAGUAAUAAUGACUCUUGCAUAAAACUGUGGAUGAGGGUGUUCAUCACAAUGUUAUUCAUAAUAUCAAAAAAUUGCAAGUAAUAUAAAUGAACAGUUGAGAAAUGGUUAAAGAAGUGAUGGUGCAUCAUGUGGUAGAAUAUUAUGCAUAUAUUUAAAAAUCAUAUUUUCCAAGGAAACUUGGAAACAUGUUUGGUAAUGGUAAGUGGGGGUAAACUCCAAAUCCAUUUUAGACGUUCAUUAUUAUCAUUGUUCUGAGUGGAAGGAUGUUCAGAGACACUGGGAGUUGUUCUGGCUAUAAAUUAUGUGAGUAAAAUUCGACUAACCAGGGCCGAGCCCGUGGCGCACUCGGUAGAGUGCUGCGCUGGGAGCGCGGCGACGCUCCCGCCGCGGGUUCGGAUCCUAUAUAGGAAUGACCGGUGCACUCACUGGCUGAGUGCCGGUCACGAAAAAACGACAAAAAAAAAAAAAAAAUUCCACUAACCAAUUAAAAAUAAUAUGCACCUUACUGCACCGUACUAGCCAGCCACCAAAAAACCCAAAAAACAAAAAAUAUGCACCUUACUCAAUAUAUAGUCUGUGAAUUAGAAACUGAAACAUAUCUUUCUCACAGGAGAAAGAGUGACAAUUUUAAUGAAUACAUUAGAUAAAUUUAGACUUUGUUUUAAGUCAGGUGCUGCAAAUUGAAAAGAAGCUUGUAUUUUAAAUUGCUAUAGACACCUUUAAGAAACUUAGAACUCAUGAAACCAUUGUUUAUUGCCUUGAAAAUUACAAUCAAAUGAAUGUUUUAAAAAGAUAAUUAAAAGUCUUAGAAAAAUAUGUAAUAAAAAUGUAGAUUUAAAAAGAUUCUGUAUAAAGUGUGAAUUUUACUAAAUAAGAUUACCUAGUGAAGCAAAUUUACCCAUCAAGACCAUUUGGUGUGUGUUAAUGUAUGUAUUUUGUUGGUGCUGGAAGAUGUCCAUGUAUUAACACAUGUGACUUCAUGUAAACAUUCUUAAUGUUCACAGUUGUUGGCAAAUGCAGUUUCAGUCCAUAUAUAGCCGGCAAUGGAUGUUUCUGCAGGAAAAUGCAGAAUUAAAAUUGUCUUUGCAUAUAA